AUGGUCGUUGGACGCGCGGAGGCCGGUUGCGAGCCAUGCUCGUUGGGCGCGCGCAGACCUGGAGUUAGUCCCUGGGCGGAACCUGGAGCCCCGCGCGGCGCGUUGCCUAGGAGACGCAUAAGGGGGCGGGGCCUGGGAGGGAGUGUCGCACAUGCGCACAGAGUCCGCGCGGCUACGGAAGCAGUGAGAUUGUCUCUCGGCUGCAGCCCUGGUGGGACCUGGCCCGUUGCCAUAGAGAUGGGCAGGGCUGGAUGGAGUAGGGUGCGGUGAGCUGAGCUGACCCUGCUUCGCCACGGGAACUGCAGUGACCCCGGCUUGCCGGCAGGGCGGGUAACCGGUUGAGCCAGGGUGGGGCUGCUCAGGGACGUGGAACCGAGGCCAGGAUUUCUCUGAAGACCCGGCACAGGCUAUUCCUUUCUACGAUGAGCCCAUUGCUAUGGAAACCAAAGCGUUAGGCCAGCGGGGAUUGAGGCUGCCGGAUCUUGACUGGUCUCUCUCCGGAAGAACCUUGCCUAAGGCUUCCCGAAGCGGCUACUUCCUGAACGAACCCGCCCACCUGUCUGAGGGAGGGAGAGAGUUUUCCAUGGACACAGCCUAGCAGAAAGACACAGCCUUCAUGCUUCGCUGACUGCUGACCGCUGACCCACCGCCUUGAUGACAGCACCCUCGUGUGCCUUCCCAGUUCAGUUCCGGCAGCCCUCAGUCAGCGGCCUCUCGCAGAUAACCAAAAGCCUGUAUAUCAGCAAUGGUGUGGCCGCCAACAACAAGCUCAUGCUGUCUAGCAACCAGAUCACCAUGGUCAUCAAUGUCUCAGUGGAGGUAGUGAACACCUUGUAUGAGGAUAUCCAGUACCUGCAGGUACCUGUGGCUGACGCCCCUAACUCACGUCUCUGUGACUUCUUUGACCCUAUUGCUGACCAUAUCCACAGCGUGGAGAUGAAGCAGGGCCGUACUUUGCUGCACUGCGCUGCUGGUGUGAGCCGCUCAGCUGCCCUGUGCCUUGCCUACCUCAUGAAGUACCACGCCAUGUCCCUGCUGGACGCCCACACGUGGACCAAGUCAUGCCGGCCCAUCAUCCGACCCAACAGCGGCUUUUGGGAGCAGCUCAUCCACUAUGAGUUCCAGUUGUUUGGCAAGAACACUGUGCACAUGGUCAGUUCCCCAAUGGGAAUGAUCCCUGACAUCUAUGAGAAGGAAGUCCGUUUGAUGAUUCCACUGUGAGCCAUCCCACCAGCCCCUGCAUUGGAGUCAGAGAGAUGAGGUUUUACUAUGUCACCCAGACUGGUCUCAAACUCCUGGCCUCAAGCAAUCCUCAUGCUUCAGCCUCCCAAAGUGUUGGUGAGCCACUGCACCCCGAUACCACUGUAUAAAAAAUUUAAAAAAAAUUGUGAGUGCUAUUGUACGUGGCAAAGUUUCAAAGAGCUCUUGGCCAUCCCUCACCAAACUUUGACAAAAGAUGGUGUUGGUCCCCUUCUCCAGGGCACAUGAGAAAAACAGGCCUGACAUCAGGCCUCAGGGGUUCCUCUCACAGGCCUUGGCUUGGAAGGCUGGAGCUUCGGACCAAGGCCCAGCCCUGUCACCUCCUCUUCACGUGACCUGGACCCCUGGGAGCAUCAGUGUCCUCAUCUGUCCAAUGACAGCCCUUUUCUCACAGAGUUGUCGUGAAGAUUCAACAAUUUCUUGGCAUAGCGCCUGGCAUGUGGUGUGUGCUUAGCGCAAAUGGCAGCUCUCAUCAUGAAUGAUAGACUCUUUCACCCUGCUGGUCCCAGGUCGGCACACACAUCCUCAUAAUGGCAUUUCUCCUUUCCGUGCACAGCCCUUUAUUGUUAUAAAGUACUCUUCCAGAAAGUUAUCCUGUGUGUAAAAAAAAAAAAAAAAAAAAGCCGGGCGCGGUGGCUCACGCUUGUAAUCCCAGCACUUUGGGAGGCCGAGGCGGGCGGAUCACGAGGUCAGGAGAUCAAGACCACGGUGAAACCCCGUCUCUACUAAAAAUACAAAAAAAAAUAGCCGGGCGUGGUGGCGGGUGCCUGUAGCCCCAGCUACUAGGAGAGGCUGAGGUGGGAGAAUGGCGUGAACCCGGGAGGCGGAGCUUGCAGGGAGCUGAGAUCGCGCCACUGCACUCCAGCCUGGGCGACAGAGUGAGACUCGGUCUCAAAAAAAAAAAAAAGUGGUUUAAGUCCUUUCAGACCCUACCUCAGAGGAGGUCUAGACUUAGAGCCUUUUGAGAGCUUCCAUCUUGUUUAAUCUAGGUGCAAUAUAGGGGUCCUGAAGCAAGGAGCACAAUUCCAGCUUCCCCCAGUCACUUCUAAACAGUGAUUGCAGCUUUGUUUAGAAUCACUACGAAAACCUGCACCCCGGCUGACUACUGGGAUCCAUAAGAGGGCAGUGUCAAAGGGCCUAACAAGUGGACUCCAUCAGUAGGUCCUGGAAUUCAGGAUUGUUCACAUCCCUUUGGUGCCAAGGACCUGGCUCAAGACCAGCUCUUCUGAUCCAGAGGUUUUCAGCAAACAGCAUUUGAAACAAAAGCACAGCUGCUCUGUUUGACACCGAACUGUGGCUCCUGAUUCCGGUGGAAGCCAAAUGCUUUUUCUUUUACAGCUGGAUGCCUGGGAGGCUGAGGCAGGAGAAUCGCUUGAACCCGGGAGGCGGAGGUUGCAGUGAGCCGAGACUGCACCAUUGCACUCCAGCCAGGGCAACAAGAGUGAGACUCUAUCUCAAAAAAAAAAAAACAGAAAGAAAAAAUAAAAAAUAAAAAGAAAUGCUUGGGACCAGAAAUAUUUUGGAUUAUUUUCAGGUUAAUAUUUGCUUUACCUGAAGCAAAUAUUAGUUGAGCAUCCCAACUCCAAAAUCCAAAAUGCUUAAAUGAAUAUUUCCUUUGAGAGUCAUUUCAGUUCUCAAAAAGUUUUAGAUUUUAAGCAUUUCAGAUUUUUGGAUUUGAGAUCCAUGAAUGGGUCUCAAACUUUUUUUCACUUGAUGGGGGGCUGUUGUAGAUUUUUUUUCCAAUUGCUCGUUGUUAGUAUAUAGAAAUAGAAUUGAGGCCGGGCGUGGCAGCUCAUGCCUGUAAUCCCAGCACUUUGGGAGGCCGAGGUGGCCAGAUCACUUGAGGUCAAGUGUUCCAGACCAGCCUGGCCAACAUGGCAAAAGCCUCAUUCUCUGCUAAAAAUACAAAAGUUAGUGGGGCAUGGUGGCAAGCGCCCGUAAUCCCAGCUACUGAGAUUAGAGGCUGAGACAGGAGAAUUACUUGAACCCAGGAGGCAGAGGUUGCAGUGAGCCAAGAUCAUGACACUGCACUCCAGCCUGGGCAACAGAGCAAGACUCCAUCUCAAAAAAAAAAAAAUUGUUCUGUGCCUUCUGGUGCCCAUGGUUUUUUCUCAGAAAUCCAGAGGCAUUGUAACUGUUGUUUCCCAACAGGUAAUGCUUUAUUUUUCCCCAGCUGCUUUUUAAGAUUUUCUCCUUGUCUUUGUUUCUCAUCAGUUUGAUUAUGAUGUAUAUGGUCAUAGAUUUCUUUGGGUUAUCCUUAUCAGAGUUCACAGAGCCUCUUGAUUGUCUUUCAGAAAUCUGGGAAGUUCUCAGCUAUGAUUUCUUCAAAUAUUGUUUUCUGCACCAUACUGUCCUGUACUACUGUGUCACUGAUAACAUGAACAUUAGACCUUUUGACAUUGUCCGUGGAUUCCUGAGACUGUUCAUUUAUAAAAAAUUUUCUCUAGCUGGGUGUGGUGGCUAGUCCCAGCUAUUUGUUGGGGCUGAAGUGAGAGGAUCACUUGAACCCAGGAGGUCAAGGCUGCAGUGAGCCAAGAUUGCGCCACUGCACUCCAGCCUGGGUGACAAAGUGAGACCCUGUUUCCAAAAAAAAAAAAAAAAAAAUUUUUUUUUUCUCUCUGCUGCUCAUUUUGGAUAAUGUAUUAGUUUACUCUUGGUGCUGUAACAAAUUACCACAAACUUAGUAGCUUAAAACAACAUCCAUGUAUUUUCUCACAAUUUCUGUAAGUCAGAAGCUUGAUUGGACUUGACUAGGUCCUCUGCUUAGAGUCUCACAAGGUCAAAAUCACGUUUCAUAAGGCCAAAACCAAAUAUGUUUUUCCCUGGAGGCUCUGAGGAAGAAUCUGCUUUCACGUUCAUUUGGGUUCUUGGCUGAAUUUAGUUCAUUGCAGUUGCAGGGUAGAGGACCCUGUUUUCUUAGUUGUUAGCUGGGGGCCAGCCUUUUCUCCGUAGAAGCUGCCCACAUUCUGGUGCUUUUUAUGUGUCCUUCUCCAGAAAUAGGUUGAAUUAUUCUCACACUUUAAAUACCUCUAACUUAUCCUUCUGUUAUAUCUAAGUCCAGCCAGAGAGAAUCAUUCUGCUUUAAAAGACUCAUGUGACUAGAAUGAGCCCAGCUAAUCAUCCAGAAUAAUCCCAAUUUUAAAAUCAGUUGUCUCCUUUGUCAUAUAAAGUAACAUUCACAUUUUCCAGGGAAUAGGUCAGAAACAUCAUUUCCAAAUCUUGAUUCUUUAUAUUUUCUUAGUUCUAAAAUUCUUAUUUAGCUUGUAAUCCCUGCACUUUGGGAGGCUGGGGUGGGUGGAUCACCUGAGGUCAGGAGUUUGAGACCAGCCUGGCCAACGUGGUGAAACCGUGUCUAUUCUACUAAAAAUACAAAGUUAGCUAGGCAUGGUGGCACAUGCCUAUAGUCCCAGCUACUUGGGAGGCCGAGACAGGAGAAUCGCUUGAGCCCAGGAGGCGGAGGUUGUGCCCCUGUACUCCAGCCUGGGUGACAAGAGCAAAACUCCAUCUCAAAAAAUAAAUAAAAAUUAAAAUAAAAAACUUCUUAGGCCGGGCGCGGUGGCUCACGCUUGUAAUCCCAGCACUUUGGGAGGCCGAGGCGGGCGGAUCACGAGGUCAGGAGAUCGAGACCACGGUGAAACCCUGUCUCUACUAAAAAUACAAAAAAUUAGCCGGGCGUGGUGGCGGGCGCCUGUAGUCCCAGCUACUCGGAGAGGCUGAGGCAGGAGAAUGGCGUGAAUCCGGGAGGCGGAGCUUGCAGUGAGCUGAGAUCGCGCCACUGCACUCCAGCCUGAGUGACAGAGCCAGACUCCGUCUCAAAAAAAAAAAAAAACUUCUUAUUUAAAAUAAGAAUAAUAAGAUUCCUAUUAGAUUGUUUUCUUUGUUCUCUAUUUCUGUUAAAACUCUCCAGCUUUCAUUUUUAAAGUCUUUCUGGGCUGGACCUGGUUGC